AUGACUGAGAAGAUGCUGACGAAACAUUUAGAAGAUUCGGGUCUAGGUCCUACUAUUUAUGGUGAUAACGACUCCUUAGCUUUCGGUCAUGGUGGAUGUAAUGAAGGAUUUCGAUCCUUCUUAUUUGGUACUGCUUAUUCAGGUAAAGGAGCGGUGAUCAUGACCAAUUCAGGUGAUGGUUCGAAUUUAAUUACUGAAAUCGUUAGAAGUAUCGCCAUUGCAUACGACUGGGACUUCCAUAAGCCAAUCAUGAAAACUAUCGUGAUAUUGACUCCAUCAAAACUAGCCACUUUCGCUGGAACAUAUUUAUUGGCCGAGGAAAAUGCUACUAUACUGAUUACUGCACAGAAUAAUCAUCUACUUGUUAAACAAUUAUGGAAUGGACAAGAUUUUCUUCUCUAUCCUGAAUCUGAUACGGAUUUUUUCGUAAUAGAAAAUGAUUUCUUAGUUAAUUUUGAAUCUUCAACUGAUGCAAUUAUUAUUGGAUUAAAUUUCGCAGGAUUCAAAUGGCCGAAGAUGAAAGAAGAUGAAAAUGAGAAAACAUUUCACGCACUAUUUUCUUUAUGA